CAACCUCAGGACCCUAACCACCCCAGAGGAGAACUACAGGGAAAUGCUUCACGUCUGACAUCAUGACAGCACUGGUGCCCAGUCUGGAUCAUUUUUACACAUAAUUGAAUUAAUUUUCCACUCCUAGUUUAUGGGGUGUGAAAUUUAAAGGACUCUAUGCUAUCCAGCCCCAAAAAGUGUUCAUGAAAAAGGUGGAUAUCCAGUUGGCAGGAAUGUCCUUUCCAUUCUUUCAGCAGGCCCAUAUUGUAUACUUUACUCUGCCAGGGACCUACAAUAUGAAGAUGAAUAGGACACGGUCUUUGCCUCCAGGGAGCUCAGAGUCUAGGAGGACACUUCAGGACCGCUGCCAGGAGAAACCUAUGUAGGUUAUUAAAAGGCUUUAUGACAGCCAGGGAGGAAGGAUGGUGUGUGGCAUUCCACACAGAGGAAACAGCAAGGACAGAGGCACAGAAGCAAGAAACUGGUGGCAUGUGCAGCAUGUUCCUGUAGUAUCGGAAAGGGAGAGCUUCAUGCAGGUAACCUUUUAGGGACCUUUCAAUCCAGACAUUCUGUGAUUCUCUGCCUGCUUCCACGGUGGUCAUUUAAUCUUGUAGGCUUAUUUUGGACCAUUGUUUUUCUUCUUGGUGGGUGUUUUCAUAGCCUGCAAGAUGUAUAUGUUAAGUACUCAUUGCUUCCUGGGCUCCCUCUAGCCCGCUGUAACUGAGGGAGGUUGUUUGCCACUACCCCUUAAAGCUGGCUGGACACAUGUUUCCAUUUCAGGUUAUUAAGGACAGUUCUUAGGUGGCCAGGUUAUCAAAAUACAUGAACAGUAAAUGUUGCUUCCUGGGUUCUAUCGCUCUAUUAAGAGAUCAGAAAUACCAUCAAGUCAAAAAGCCUCCAUUCUACGGUAACACUUUUUCCAUUCACGUCAGUUAGUCUCUUCACUUAGGGUUUCCAGCUCCUAGAGAGCCUUCCCAAAAUGUGCUCCUUCACCAUCUCUUCCUAUUUAUUUACUUUUGAAGUUUUAUUUAAGUGAUCUCUACACCCCAUGUGGGGCUUGAACUCACGGCCAGAGAUGGAGUCAUAAGCUCUUGUGACUGAGCCAACUAGGCACCGCCAUCCCUUCCUAUUUAGAAGUACACAGAAGGUUUCUUACUUAGGACCUGCAUCUAAUACCUCCCCCUGGGUUUAAGUGGUCAAGAAUUUGAUCUCCUGUCAGACUUCCUGAGUUCAAAUGCCAGUUUUUCCACUUACUGGUUUUGUGACUUUGGGCAAAUUUACUCAAGCCCUCUAUUUCAGUUUCCUCAUUUGCAAAAUGAAAAUAACACCAAUUUAGUGCGAUGUUUGUGAGAGUAAGGUGAUAAUAGGUGGGCUCAGUGCCUGGCAUACACUUAAACACUCAGUAUUUGUGCUUUAUCUCCUGUAUGAACUAAUUAUAAUUAACUGAUGAUUGUAAUACCAUUGGUUCCUAUUUCUCAGCUUCAUUGCUCUAUUUCAUUUGAAACUAAAGAAUGAAAGAUAAAUGCCUGCCAUCACCUAGAAUUGGGUUUUGGCCUUCAAGGGAACCUGAGGUUAUUAGCUUUGGAAGCCGGCCUGUAAAUUACUCCUUUAAUUUAUAUUUUUCAUUAAAAGCUCAGCUUGCCUCUUCUUCUAUAGGGGUCUUCUCUGGCCCUGAAACCCCAGUGUUUAGCCAUAAAAUAAGGUUUUAAAAUUAAGGGUCCAUAAUUCUCUCAGCUCCCCACAAGGUGUGGAUUAAUGGAAUUGAUAAGAAAGUGCACAGGAUGUUAUUUUUAACGAAAGCAAAGGCCUGGCCCUAUUUCUUAUCUUUGAAACACAAAUCAAGGAGAUACUGCGAUUGGAGUGUAGUGUAUUUAUUUAUGUAUGUGUAGAGCUUUACAAAAAAAACCUCGGUUUGGGUGUCAGGAAAUCUGGGUCCUAAGCUCUUCAUAGCUCUUCAUCGCCACCAAGAUGCUGUGACCUCUAACCCUCUGCACAUUCGCUUUGUGACUUGCAGGUUGAACAUUAGGUAAGUAAAGCGCCAAGUAUCACGCCUGGCACACAGAACUGCCCCCCCCUUCCCCUGUCAUGACAGGUAGUAGGUCUCUGAAAAUGCAUACCACUAGGAUAAUGAAAAUGGGUACGCGCGCCAGUGAGAAGGGGCAACCACAUCUCUACACCUCCCACGGAAAAAUGAGCAUGGAAACAGAGUCGCGUUGCAGCUAAGACUACACUUCCCGCUGCUCUUUGCGGCCGGCUCGUUUGCCUUACCCAGAAUCGCUCCCUCCGCAACCUUGCGUCUUUCCGCGGAGGCCCCGGAUGUAGAAUCCCUCUCUGCUCGAUGGGCGUGGCCUGGCAGUGGCUCUGAGACCUGGGGCUCUCUUAUUGGUUGUGGUCCUUCCGACUGGAUUGGAAGUGAAGGAGGGGGCGUGGGCCAAGGCGCGCGGCGCUCUAGCGACAGCCAAUCAGAAGCCUGGUCGGGCUUUGGCGGGAGGCGGUAAAGCUGCGGCUUUGCAGAUUUGGCGCGAGUGCGGCUGGGCUUUACUGCAGCUGGUGUGUAGUUUAUUCCGGAACUUGCCCUGAAGAAUCCCAGAAGCCGUGUGCGAGAGACGUGAGAAAGAGCCAACACUGAGGUAUUCAGCCUUGUGAGGUGGAGAGGAGAGGAUUGCUCGGGGAGGCCUAGGGCCCAGGAGGCAGCGGAGUUGGGAGAGCGGCUACGGCGAGGGCCGCUGCUUCCCCCUGAGGCUCGAGCCGUGUUGCCAUCAUGCCUCAAACCCGAUCCCAGUCACAGGCUACAAUCAGUUUUCCAAAAAAGAAGCUGUCUCGGACAUUGGACAAAGCUAAAACUUCUGGUGACACCAAACUAGAACUGACCAAUGUCCAGGCCUCACGCCGUUCUUGUGUAAAAAUUCUGCCUCUUAGCCCCAGAAAACGUCUUGGUGAUGAUAAUCUGUGCAACACUCCCCAUUUGCCACCCUGUUCUCCACCAAAACAAGGCAAGAAAGAGAAUGGCCCCCCUCGCUUCCAUACACCUAAGGGGCGCAGAUUGGUGUUUGACAAUCAGCUGACAAUUAAGUCUCCUAGCAAAAGAGAACAAGCCAGAGUUCACCAAAACAAAAUACAUUCUUCAGUUCGAAAAGGUCAAGAAAUUACAACAAAUUCUGAGCAGAGAUGUCCACUGGAGAAAGAAUCUGCAUGUAUAAGACUGUUCAAGCAAGAAGGCACUUGCUACCAGCAAGCAAAGCUGGUCCUGAAUACAGCUGUCCCAGAUCGGCUGCCUGCCAGGGAAAAGGAGAUGAAUGUCAUCAGGAAUUUCCUGAGGGAGCACAUCUGUGGGAAAAAAGCUGGAAGUCUUUAUCUUUCUGGUCCUCCUGGAACUGGAAAAACUGCCUGUUUAAGCCGAAUUCUGCAAGACCUCAAGAAGGAACUGAAAGGCUUUAAAACUAUCAUGCUGAAUUGCAUGUCCUUGAGGACUGCCCAGGCUGUAUUCCCAGCUAUUGCUCAGGAGAUUUGUCAGGAAGAAGUAUGCAGGCCAGCUGGGAAGGACAUGAUGAAGAAACUGGAAAACCAUAUGACUGCAGAGAAGGGCCCCAUGAUUGUGUUGGUGUUGGACGAGGUGGAUCAGCUGGACAGCAAAGGGCAGGAUGUGUUGUACACGCUGUUCGAAUGGCCAUGGUUAAGCAAUUCUCGAUUGGUGCUGAUUGGUAUUGCUAAUACCCUGGAUCUCACGGACAGAAUUCUGCCGAGGCUUCAAGCUAGAGAAAAAUGUAAGCCACAGCUGUUGAACUUCCCACCUUAUACCAAAAAUCAGAUAGCUGCUAUCUUGCAGGAUCGGCUUGAUCUGGUAUCUAGAGAUAAGGUUCUGGACAAUGCUGCAAUUCAAUUCUGUGCCCGAAAAGUCUCUGCUGUUUCAGGAGAUGUUCGAAAAGCACUAGAUGUUUGCAGGAGAGCUAUUGAAAUUGUAGAGUCGGAUGUCAAAAGCCAGACUAUCCUCAAACCGCUGUCUGAAUGUAAAUCACCCUCUGAGUCACUGGUUCCCAAGAGGGUUGGUCUUAUUCACAUAUCCCAAGUCAUCUCAGAAGUUGAUGGUAACAGAAUGACUUUGAGCCAAGAAGGGGCACAAGAUUCCUUCCCCCUUCAGCAGAAGAUAUUGGUCUGCUCUUUGCUGCUCUUGACCAGGCAGCUGAAAAUCAAAGAGGUCACUCUGGGGAAGUUACAUGAAGCCUAUAGUAACGUCUGUCGCAAACAGCAGGUGGCAGCUGUGGACCAGUCAGAGUGUUUGUCACUUUCAGGGCUCUUGGAGGCCAGGGGCAUUUUAGGAUUAAAGAAAAACAAGGAAACCCGCUUCACAAAGGUGUCUUUGAAGAUUGAAGAGAAGGAAGUAGAGCAUGCUCUAAAAGACAAAGCUUUAAUUGGAAAUAUCUUAGCUACUGGAUUGCCUUAAAUUCUUUUCUUUUAUACUAAUGACGCUACCUGAAAGUAUCCAGCUGGCAUUUAGAGAUCUAUGGAGUCUUCAUUUUAGUACUUUAUCCAUUCAGUGGCAUUCAAUGGUAAUUUGUGAAAACAAUAUGACCUUUUUUUAACAUGAAACUGAUAAAUUUUAAUCUAUGGAUUCAUGAAUAUUAGUGCAGAAUAAUAAUUUGGGGUCUUAUUUUAUGCAUUAAAAAUUACCAAGUAGACCUUUUUUAAUUAUAUUCACUACCUCCACCUCUUGUGUAUCUCUAACCAAUAUGCUUAUAUUGCAGUACACAAGAUUUAUGUUGUGGAAUGUGCCUGUAUUUACCUCUUAGUUUCUUCAGACAUUGGCAUAUUUUAAAGAACCUUGGGGCUAGAGUAAGAAGAGAGAAAAAGGAUGUUGGAGGAAAAUAAGCAAGUCCACGUGGAGAUCUGGAGAUUUGAUCAAAGAAUUUCUUUCUUUUUGGAGGAUAUUGUGUUUGUGUUGCAAGUGCUUCCACAGUGACAUUUUAAAGACUCAUUGAGCUUCUUGGGCACUCCCAAGGCUGUGGGGGUGGUAAAGGGACAGUAACUGUAUGGAUUGUGAAUAUAUUUAUUUUCAAGUUGCAUCCUUUGUCUUUUUAAGCAUGCACAUUUCAAGAGAGAUCAGACUUUCAGAAAAUUUCUCCCCAAACUGUCCCACAGUCUUAGCUGCCCUCAGAUGAAGCCACUUGUUUCCAGAUGCUUUCGUUUGGGGUUGGAUUUUCAUCUGAGCCUUUUCAUCUGAGCCUCAGAUUUUUCCAGUCUCAUUAGAUAAAUUAAUCCAUGUGGCUA